AUGGCUUCCGACCCAAAUAAGCUGUUAUUUGAGCUUUUUUGUAACACAAAAGUAACCAUUAGCGUUAUCUUCUUCACGUUUUAUUUUCAUACGAAAACUUUAAAAAAACUUUGUUUGGAUACAACUUAUGUUCUUGCUAAAAAGGUUGUUUCAAGCGUAUCUAUCCAGUUUAUCUUGGCCAAUAUGUCCAAUGUGACAACUGCUUUCGUUAUGACUUCACAUCACACAGUAAGAAGACUAUCUUCCGAAAUAAUUAAUGUCAAGUUGCAACCCCUUCAAACAGCUGUAAUAAAUGGAAAUUUACAUCAAAAUUGUGAAAGGCGGUCAAACACUUCUGUGAUGUAA